UUUCACCGUCCUUCCCUCCAAGUUCAGAAACCAUGAAAAUUGAAAGGGCAAGUGGAAAACCCUUGAAAAACCCUAACCCCCUUUCUCCUCCGUCCUCUCCUCCGAAGAAAUAGCAAAAUUUUCGUGAACACCACAGAUUAAUUCAUGGUUUUUAUGCAGAGUAUGAAAUCCCUCAUCUUCCUCUAUCCUCCUCUUUCAAUUUGUCAUCUCACCAGAACAGGACCAUUGCUCUCUUUUCAGAUCCCUCAAACCCUCUUUAGCAAAUCUCUAUCUAUCCUAAACCCUAAUAUUCUCGACCUCAGACCCUUCUCUUCUUUCAAUCCCGCGGUUUCGAGCUCCUUGGACAGCCUGAACUUGCAAAUGAAGGUGCCUCGAUUCUCUUAUGGUGAGAUUCACGUCAUCGUCGGCCCAAUGUUUGCUGGUAAAACCACAGCUCUCCUUCACCGGAUCCAGACUGAAAGUAAGAAUGGCAGAAGUGUGGCAAUAAUAAAAUCGAAUAAGGAUACGAGAUAUGGAUUAAACUCUAUAGUAACGCAUGAUGGAGCAAAAUUUCCAUGUUGGGCCUUGUCUGAUCUUUCAUCUUUCAGGCAAAAGUUUGGAGACGAUGCUUAUGAAAAGCUAGAUGUGAUAGGGAUCGAUGAAGCUCAAUUUUUUGAAGAUCUAUAUGAUUUCUGCUGUGAGGCAGCUGAUCAUGAUGGGAAGACUGUGAUUGUAGCAGGCCUUGAUGGAGACUACUUGAGUUUUCAAGUCUACAAGAGAAAUUGCUUAAAGUGAAUCAAGAACCAGUCCAAAGGUG